ACACUGUUCACUGAUUCAGUAUCAGUGUUGAACUUGGGAAGAAGUGUGGAGUGUUAUCAGAAUGGCUGCUCCAAAGCUGUAUGCGAGCCACACGAGCCCAUGUGCCAGGGCAGUUGAAAUGUGUGCUGAAGCCAUAGGGCUAAAACUGGAAGUGGUAUACUUCGAUUUGAAUAGCGAUGAAGAUUACUUCAGAAGUGAAUUAUUAAAGAUUAACCCCAAACAUACCGUUCCCACUCUUGAUGACAAUGGCUUCAUUUUGUGGGACAGCCAUGCCAUACUGAUCUACCUGGUGGAGAAAUAUGGAAAAAACAGUUCUUUGUACCCUAAAGACAUCGAAAGUAAAGCUUUGGUCAAUCAGAGAUUGUUUUUCGACGGUUCAGACUUAUUUGCUAGACACCUUGGUGUGGUUAACCUACUGUUUUAUGGAGGUGCCACAGGAGUGACUGAGAAGGAUAUCAAGUUCGUAGCUGAGAAUUAUGAUAUCGUUGAACAUUUUCUGCAGGGUGGAAAGUUCAUAGCUGGUAACGAGGUUACCAUUGCUGAUAUCAGUAUUUGGUGUAGCAUGACCAAUAUUUCAGUCUACUCACCUGUUGACUUUGAAAAAUUCCCCAACAUAAAAGCUUGGUAUAAGAGGAUGGAAGCUUUACCGUAUGCUCAUUUUAAUAUCCUAGGAGGUAAACUCUUUGAAGAAGUGAUGGCCAAGUAUAUAAAGAAAUGAAGCACUAUCAGCCACAUCGAAGAUUCAUCCUAAUAAAUUCACAUCGGGUGUCAUUUUGAUGCUUUCUCAUCUUUAUAAUAAUUAAUAAU